AUGAAGACCAUCAACUCCAUCGCUACCUUGAUCGCCUUUGCAACAAGCAGUCUGGCAUGCGGUGGUUGCUACGGACCCACAACUCAUGUCGAGCAUGUUCGACAUGUCAAGCGUAUGCAGCCCAGUGCUUCAAAUGCGUCAUACGGACCGACGCGUGAGCUCGAAUGGGGUCAAUUGAACUUCUUACACACCACCGAUACCCAUGGGUGGCUAGAAGGACACCUGAAGGAGGGCAAUUAUGGGGCGGAUUGGGGGGAUUUUGUUUCUUUCUCCAAGUACAUGAAACAAAAGGCCAGAGAGAUCGGCGUGGAUCUUCUCCUAGUUGACACUGGUGACCUCCACGACGGUGCUGGCUUGAGUGACGCUACAACUCCUGAUGGCGCAGUCUCAAACAAUGUUUUUGAGAAAGUUGACUACGAUCUUCUCACUAUAGGCAACCAUGAGCUUUACGUAGCUGAAGUUGCUUAUCAGACAUUCUCCCAGUUCUCAAAGUUCUGGGGCGACAAGUAUCUGACAUCCAAUGUUCAGAUCUUGAACAACGAGACUAAUGAAUGGGAAUUCAUUGGGCAGAAGUAUAAAUACUUCACUACAGAGCAUGGCCUCCGCAUCAUGGCCUUUGGAGUUCUAUUUGACUUUAAGGGCAAUGCCAACAUAUCAAAAGUCAUCCAUGCCGAUACUUUGGUGGCUCAAGACUGGUUCCAGGAUGCUGUCAACUACACAGAACCUGUAGACUUGUUCCUGGUUCUUGGUCACAACCCAGCACGGGUUGGCCAGAGCUCCGGGAGCACGUUCGGUAUAAUCCAUGAUGCCAUCCGAAAGGCUCACCCAAGGACCCCAGUCCAAUUCUUCGGAGGCCACAGCCACAUUCGAGACUUCGCCGUCCUGGAUGAUAGCACCACUUCGCUCGAAUCUGGUCGUUACUGCGAAACUUUGGGAUGGCUGAGCAUGAGCGGCUUUACGAAGUGCAGCAGCGGGUGGAGAAGCACAUCAAAUCCCAAGGGCGUGCCCAAUCCUUCCCGCAAAGCAACAGUCAACUCUACUUCUCCAUACAAGUAUGCGCGAAGAUAUUUGGACUGGAACCGUGCGACCUUUGAUUUCCACGCCGUGAGCGGAAAGCACGAGGCAUCAUUCGACACGCCUCUUGGUGAAGAGACGACUUCGGCGAUCACCACGUACCGUGAGCAGCUCAACUUGAACAAAAUCUACGGGUGUGCCCCUCAGAGCUACUGUAUGACUUGUACGGAUUUCAACAGUACCGGAAACAUCUAUCCACUGCUUGCGAACGCACUGGCCACAGUUGUUGUCAACGAGACCCGAAAAGAGAUUCCCAGGUACAUCAUUGCCAACACUGGGAGUAUUCGAUUUGAUCUGUACAAAGGCCCAUUCACCUACGACGACUUCUUUAUCGUAUCGCCUUUCACUGACGUGUUCAUGUACGUUCCCGACGUUCCGUGUAGCUUGGCCAGCUCCGUACUGGGUAGGCUAAACAAGGCUGGUGCCAACGAGAAACGCAACUUGGGCUACAUGCCGAUCGAGCGGGACAUCUGCGUUGAUCCAAUCACCGCCCCCCUGGGUGCCAGAGACGUCUUCGACCACGUCCAUAGUGAUGCGGCUGUGACACGACGACAGGUCGUCGAUUUGGUUGCAGGCUACACCACCAAAGAUGAUUUUGGAACAGAUGGUGACGACACUGCACACAGCGAGAUCCCUCACUAUAGUGUUCCCGAUUUCUUCCAGGGCGAAGGCGGCUUCGAUGAGGGCGGGUGCUCGGGCACGGCUGAUUUGAUCUUCCUUGACUUUAUUCAAAGCGAUGUUCUCGCCAUCCUAGGGUCAGGUUAUAGCGCCAGCGACGUGGGCUACUAUAUUAACUCCACAUUCACAACCCGGGAUUACUUACCUCUAUUCGUCGAGCAGUCCGAUCUCUUCCAAUCAGGGAUGCCCAACUGCACAACCUCAUAG